AUGGCGACCCAACAACCUUCUCCCCCGCAGCAGCCUCAAAAUGGCAUCGAAAAUGGCGCCGGCACUCCCACGACCACAUACAAACGCGCGAGCCGCAAGGGAGCGCCCCGUCGCUUCAGCUGCCCCUACCCGGGCUGUGACAAGCUCUACUCGAGAGCCGAGCAUCUCCAGCGUCACCAGUUGAACCAUCAGCCCAAGGAGAUCUUUCGUUGCGAUGUAUCGGGUUGCGAACAAAAGUUUGUACGAGCCGACCUUCUCGCUAGGCACAGGAAGAGGCAUUCGUCGUCGUACGUACCCCGAAACCGAAUGCCCAGCUUCAGUGCCGUCAAGGACGAGUCAUCCGCCGCAUCUGGGAGCGCCGUUCUGUCACCUACUCCUGGCGCCGAAAGUCGACCGUCGGUUCCGAAUGCCCCUCACGAUGCCGCCAUCUUGCUAGCCCCCGAGCCGAGACCGCGCCAGCCUCCUACACUUCCAAAUCCUCCCGCGCCGAGACUAUCUACCCAUCAGCCUGGUUGGCAUCCCCAAAUGCCCGAUAUGGAGUGUAACAUAAUCAGGCCUAAGCCAGGGUAUUACCCUCGUGAGGAGAGGCCGCCACAGCCGCAGAACCCCGUGUCGUACCGCGGCGUCGACGUCGAGUUUCCCCACGACGAUAUUUCCCACGAGAAUUUUGCUGUCUGGCUGUUCGAUCCACACGCCCCUUAUGGCGACUUCAGUGUGUCUCACCUCCCGUUCAUGGAUGGUGGGCUCGAGUCAACUCUGAACAACAACAUUCACUACGACUACGAGUCACUGACCAGUGGUGGCCGGUCACAGCUCGAAACCCCUCCCCGCUUCGAGAACGACGAGCUUUUGUCCGAGUUCAGAAGACAGGAAGUAUUGCGCUGGUUCCAUUCUUUCCGGCAGAAGCAGCCCAAGGCGGAGCCUCUGAUUGCCAGUCUGGCGCAGCAGAACAGCAGCGGUGACAUGCCUGCACUGAGUGUGGAGAUGAUGCGCGAUUGUCUGCAGGAAUACUGGGAUCAUGUAUCUCCUCGAUUACCCAUCGUGCAUCAGCCCACCUUCUUGAGCAACCGCUGUUCAAUAUUCCUCCUCAUGGUCAUGAUAUCGCUCGGUGCUAUUUCUCUGCGUGGACGGGACACAAAUGGAAACCUGCCAGAUUAUGGUGGCUUUGCCGAUGUCAUGAUCACCGGCGUGAGAUGGGAGAUUGUAACGGCGGAGGAAGCCUCCCCACCCGUGGCGCUCUGGGUCGCCCAGGCCUUGCUCUUGCUGGAGUUUUACGAGAAGAUGUAUUCUUCUCGGAAGCUCCACGAACGGGCGCAUAUUUACCAUUCGGUGGCACUGACACUCCUCCGUCGAGGAAGCCCCUUGAUUGGGCGUUCGGGAAGCGAGUCCCCGCCGGAGGUGACCUCAGCCGAUCAUCCACACGGGGUGAGCCUUGACUCCCAUACGUGGUGGUGUCGAUGGGCGGAAACGGAAGCGAUGCACCGGGUGGUAUUUGCAGCCUUCAUGAUGGACAUCAUACAUGCAGCAAUGUUUGGCCACGCUGCACAGAUGGCUCCGCAUGAGAUACGGCUGCCACUCCCCUGUGACGAUAAUCUCUGGACCGCCUCGAACCCGGAUACUGUACGGCAGCUCGAUCAGAAUCUCCGGAUGUAUGGUGUAAAGACCAUUUCGUUUCUGGACGGCCUGAAGCGUGCCCUUCAUGGCAAGGAGGUCAAGACUCAUUCGUUCGGCCGGAUGAUCAUCAUGUGUGGUCUUCUCAGUGUUGGUUGGCAUCUCAGCCACAGGGAAACACACCUCAAAUGGCUGGACUUCACCAACCCGCCGAGCGAGACCCAGGACGGAUGGAAGAAGAUUCUUCUCAAGGCAUACGACGACUGGAAGUACAGUUUCGACGUGGCGCAGGGCACGACGGGGAGUCCUGGAGUUGCCACUCCUGUUUCCCAGCCCUCUGGUGCCAACGGCCCCAUCCACAGCGCCGCUGUCCUAUACCAUCUUGCUCAGCUGAGCUUGCACGUCGAUAUUGUCGACUGUCAGGUGUAUGCUGGAGCCAGGCGUCUUUUGGGUAGGAAGGUUUCGGUUCGGGACUACACCAACGUUGUUGCUCGCAUGAAGCACUGGGCAACGUUGCCUACCACCCGCCACGCGGUGCUUCAUUCCUUCAAGCUUCUUCACCGUGUGCUGGUCGACCCACGGAGAAGCAGCGGGAGCAUCAGCAGCAGCGACCGUGACCGCAUCGGUCUCGGGGGUGUUCACCUGCCCCCCAUCGAGGUCCAGUCUUAUUCCUGCCGCAGCGAGCCCGACCCUCACCGGCCAUGGGUCAUGUACUACGCUGCCCUGUGUAUCUGGUCGUUUGUGCGUGCUAUCAGCAAGCAUGACUCGGUUCACGACAUGAGCAGCCAUCCUACUUCGCCGUUUCGGCCGCCGAAGGUGUUGCCGGUUAAUUAUCGGAGAGUGUCGGCUUAUUUGUCGAAUGUUGCGAAUAUGAACGAGUUGACGGAGGCUACGGCGGGGACGUUGGUGGAUGGCUUGUCGGAUUUGUUGGAGGCGCUGCAUUCGAUUUUUGCGGAGGCGUACUCGGAGUUGUUGCAUGAGGCGCAUGAUCGGUUGAAGAUUUGUAAGGAGAUGUUGGCUUCUGUUGGGGCGUCUGGUCCGUGA